AUGCAACGAAGUGAUACAGUUGGUGACGUGGGCGUGACAUUAGAUGACGCUAAAAAGCGGCAAAGAGAUGAACGUCUGGUGUUGAAAUCCGUCUAUAACGAAGAUUUCGUUGAUGCUGCCCAAAAUGUUUGGAAGAUAUGGCAACCACUUGAUGUCAUCGUGCACCUAAAACCUAUUGGAUCAGCUAGUACUACCAGCGACAAAAUCUACGUCUCGUUAGAUCUUCAUGUAAAAUGUCCAAAAACGUAUCCAUUAUCUGGGACACCAUUCCUUUCGCUAGAAAAAGUAAAAGGUAUUUCGUUGAAGGAUGUCGACAAACUUAAGCAGAUAUUAGAUAAUAAAGCAGUGUCAUUGAAAGGAAGCGAAGUUAUCCUGGAACUAUGUCAAAUAGCUCAAGAAUUUUUAUAUGAACGAAAUAAACCUCCGGAAGGAUCUUUUUUCGAUGGCAUGUUGCAGCAGCAUGAAGCAGUGGAACAUGAACGGAGGCGGCAGCGAGUAAGGUCGGAACAGCGUGAUCGCGAGGAUGUUGUGGCAUUUCAAAAAAUGCAUGAAGAAAAACUGAUGUGGCGAAAGGCAGAAGAAGGUGAACCAGCGACACCAGUUGAUGAUAGCUUAUACGAAACCUUUUCCUGUAUCGAUGGUGUACAAAGAAGGUUGACCAAAAGCACGAAUAAUUUCAGGAGACGGCCAGAUAUCAGUCCAUUUUGUCAAGAAUGGUCAGCUAUAGAUUGUACUACGGGUCAUGAACUUUUUAUUACGGAAUGGACAUUUGCGGCGAAAGCCAAAACGCCUCUAUCAUCGCUUAAACCUUUUAUCAUUCAUUUCAAAGAAUUAGAAAGGAAAUUACAAGAAAUUUCAAGAAUUUCUGUUACUGAACCAGCACUGUGCUGUUAUGAAAUGCUUUGUGUGCAGAAAAAUAAAUUGACAGUUUCGGAAGUUAAUGUUUGGCAAGUUUUGCUUUAUUCAUUUUCUACUUCUAGAAAUAUGGGUUGCAUUGAAUGGUUUUUCUUCUUAAGAUGUUUAAGCACAUUGAGUCUUUUCUUAGGAUGUAUUGUAAUUGGCCAAAACAUCGAUGGAAAUGACCGAAAUUUAUCAUCCCAAUUUAAUAUUUUCGAAACCGAUAAAGUAAGUGAGUUGAGUAAUUUACGAAAAUUUUGCCAUGUUCGCCUUGCUGUCCAACUUUUAGAUGGUUUGCGAUUUUUACACGAAAAGAACUUAGGACAUUUUGCUCUUGACCCGACGUCUAUAUGGAUCACUGGCAAAAGGAACUUCCGUUUGUCUGAUUAUUACUUGAGGUCAUUGCUUUUGCGUCAGUGUGGGAUUAUCAAAAAAUGUGUCGAAAUAGUCGAUGAAAAUAUCUCUUCUGGUCCUUCAAUGGAUAAAUUGCCAAAUAAUGAUUUCGUUUCAUUGGGCAACAUUUUCAACAAAUUCAGAGAGCUUUCAGCAGUUGCGAGCAGUGCAAAAUUUUCUUUAAAUCUCGAAAGCUUCGUAGAAGCUUGCAGAGACAUGAGAAGAGGCACGAGAAUCUCAAAAACCUUAUUGGAACAUACCUUUUUACAUCAAGAUGAUUUGUUCCACUCGUUGGUUGGCGAUGGAAAAGAUGGCUUCCAGCAAAUUGCACAUAGUAGACUUCGAAACGAAUUUGUUUUUAUCGAAAUGUUGGGGAAAGGCGGUUUUGGUGAUGUCAUGUUGGCAAAAAAUAAACUGGAUGGUAAUGAUUAUGCGAUCAAACGGAUAAUCUUGGAUCCCAAGGAUGAACGAUUUAAUCGCAAAGUUACGCGCGAAGCGAAGUUGUUUUCGAAAUUAAAUCAUCCAAACGUUGUUCGUUACUACAGUGCUUGGAUUGAGCAAGCUUCUACUGCUGUAAGAGAAACUGGAUCAGGAAGUAAUGGUAGUGAAGUGAAUGUUGAUAACAAUCAAAAAGAGGAAAUCGAAGGUUCUCUGAUGCCUCUGCAAAUAAAAAAUAUCGAAAAAAUGGCGAAACGUAUAGCUGUAGAUGCAACAGCCGAGUGGUCGACUUCCUUUCAAAUGACUGCAAUAUAUGAAUCGGAUUCUGUUUCUGAAGAGCAACAUGGAGAGCCUGUGCAAACGCUGUUCUCGCCCACUGGUCUCAAUACAGUUGAAAACUCAGAUUUUGAAGUGCUUUUUGAAGACGAAGGCGAUAAUGUGGAUUCAAGUGAUGAGGACGGUGCUGGUACGCAAUCUAACCAGAUAUCACCACCUAAAACGGCUACUGAAAGUUCAUCCACACUACCUUUAAGAAUUUUAUUUAUUCAAAUGGAAUAUUGUGAGAACUCUACGUUGCGUAAUUUAAUUGACAGUUCGAAAUUGCUGAAAAAUUCACGGCAAAUAUGGCGUCUCUUUCGUGAAAUAUUGCUCGGAUUGCAAUACAUCCACCAGGAGGGCAUGAUUCAUCGUGAUAUUAAACCGAUGAACGUCCUAAUUGAUGGAAGCGACCACGCUAAGAUUGGUGAUUUUGGUCUUGCAACUCGGGAUAUUAUGUCGAAAAAUCUAUCUUCUUUGAAUGAAUCCGAUAUGAAUUUUUCUAUGACCAAAGAUAUUGGUACAGCUCUUUAUAUUGCGCCAGAAUUACUCUCAACGACUAGUGGGAACAUCGAUUAUACAACCAAAAUCGACGUGUAUAGUCUUGGCAUAGUUUUAUUUGAAAUGUUCUAUCGACCUCUUCUACCGGGCAUGGAACGAAUAACAGUAAUUAAAAAUCUGCGUGGUUCCGGUCAUUUCCCUUCUGAUUUCGGGACUGGGAUAUUAGAGAUACACCAAAAAACUGCCAAGAAACUGAUCAAAUGGAUGCUGGAAAUUAAGCCAGACGAUCGACCAUCGGUACAGAUCCUUCUCGGUAGUGAUCGUAUUCCAGUAGCAGAAAUUGAAGAAAAUGAUUUUCAAAAAAUGUUCUGUCAAACUAUUCGGAGUGGUGGACGUUUGCAUCAUUGGAUAAUUGAUACGUUGAUAGCUAAUCCGGUAUUACCAGCAGCAGAUUAUCUUUAUGAUCGAGUCAUGUGUUCAAUUGAUCGAUUGAGUUUACCACGACUGCGUGCCAUCGAAUGCUUACGCAACAAAUUAUGCCUUAUCUGUUCAACACAUGCUUUUGUUCCAUUUGAUGUACAUUCUAUUACUCCAUUCAAUACCAAAAAUGCAACUGAAAUGGCAAAUUCGAAAUCACGUGCAUGUCGAUUUGUUGAUGAAAAUGGAAUUACAGUAAUGUUACCGGUAUGGAAUUGA